AUGCACUUAAAAAUAGAAUAUAAAGUUAUCACACCUUGUAUCACAUUUAAAUCUUCAGUAAAGUACUGUUUAGUUAAAUCUACUCUAAGGCUUUUACAUUAUAGAUAUCUAUUCGUGUCAAAUAAUUUAAAGAUUAAAUAUAAAAACCCUGAGUAUUUUUUUAUUACUAAAAAAAGUCAUGCUUUUUAUCAUACUUUAGAUGUUGAUUUGUCAUUACAAUAUAAUAAUAAUCAGAAAUAUUUUAUUAUAUUUAAGAAUAUCAUAUAUGUUAAGAAAUUUAAUUUACAGUUGUUUCAUACAAGAUUUACUAAUCAGUUAAAUUUAAAUGAUUAUUUUUUUACAAGAAAUAUUUCUAGAAGCUUAGAUGUUAAAAUAAAUAUUUAUACAAAAAAAGAGAAAGCAAUUAAAAAAGAAAUAAAUCUACAUUUGGAUUUUACACCUCCUAGAAAAUAUUUAUUAUUUAUAUUGAAGACACUUUCUUCUUCUAGUAGCCAGGAAAUUUUACUAAAAAGAUGUAUUUUUAAUUUUAAAAAUGUUAAAGGUAAUGAAGAUGUAUAUUUAUACAUUAAAGAUAAUCAUAACCUUAUUGAAGUAGAAGAAGAAAGUAAUAUGGUUUUAAUAAUUGAUGAUUGCAUACUUUACUAUCAAAAUAAUAAAGAUAAUUUACAAGAUCUAAGUUAUGUAAUGAAAAAAGAGUAUAUUUUUAAACCGAUAGAAAUGUUUUCAUAUCAAAAUAUUUAG